UCACAGGGAAAAUGUGGAUCCAACAUUAAAGUGCUUUCGGUGAUCGGAGUUUACACCCGCCGACCAUCAAGAUGGAUCAAGGCUCCCGUAUCCAGACAUCUCGUCAUACCUUAUCCGUACAUGCCUCACAUUAAACGAUAUGGCUACCAUAGAACCUGGAGACCACAAGGCUGCAAUGGAGCGCGCCUUGAGUUUAGCCAACAACUCCCCUCCCAAGCCCACCAACUUCCGUGUAGGAGCUCUAAUUGUGCGCCUUAGCGACAACAGCAUCAUUGCCGAAGGAUACACACUUGAACUUCCCGGAAACACGCAUGCAGAAGAAACAUGUCUACUGAAACUCGCUGAGCAGCAUGGAACGACAGAAGAGAACCUAUCGGAUGUCUUCAACACCCCUCAUGCUCUAUACACCACUGUUGAACCCUGUUUCAAGCGGCUGAGCGGCAAGCUCCCCUGCGUCGAAAGAGUGUUACGCCAAAAGUCAUGGAUCAAGCAAGUUUAUGUUGGCGUCCAGGAGCCUGAGACUUUUGUUGGGGAGAAUACAGGUCGCAAAACGCUCGAAGAUGCUGGUAUUGAGAUCCACCAUGCCUCAGGCUUGGAGGAUGAGAUUCUGAAGGUUGCGACUGCAGGGCAUAUCAAAUCAUGAAAUAAGCUAUUCGUAUGAGAUCAAACUGGAUAUCCAUGGGUGUUAUUGAGUAAUGGACGGUCUUGUGUGCAUAUUAGGGAAAUGGCCCAGAUGGUGGAGUUGAGACGAGACGGUAAGUUUUCCGUCCC